AUGAACUUUCUUGUGUACUGCCUACUGCCCGCUGCUUCGGUGGCUUCGGCAGCUUCACCGGUCCUUUCGGUCUUCGGCCACAAGGUUCCGGACACGGACACAGUGACGGCUGCCUUGGUGUAUGCCUGGGAGUUGAAUGCCCGGAACAUCUCCGCUACGGCUUAUCGCCUCGGGGAAUUAAAUCCGGAAACAGACUUUGUGCUCAAGCGGCUCGGUGUGAAGGUGCCACCCCUUCUGACGGACGUUUCGGCGAAGGAUGCCGUGGCCGUGGUGGACACAAACAACCCCCAAGAGCUCCCAGAGGGCAUCCUGAAAGCCAGCAUCCAUUCCAUCGUGGACCACCACAAGCUCAGCGGCCUCUCGAAUGCCGAGCCUCUGGAGGUGGACAUGCGGCCGCUUUGCUCUGCAACAAGCAUCCUCUAUGCCCGCGCAAAGCUUCGCGGCCUCACGCCAACGAAGGAUGUUGCAGGAUUGAUGCUGGCAGGCAUCCUCUCAGACUCUUUGGAGUUCCGGUCACCAACCACAACUGAGCUUGACAAAAUUCAUGCUGCCGAGCUCGGAAAGCUGGCUAGUCUGGAUGUUCACGAGUUUGCAGAAGGUAUGCUGGAGGCGAAGGCCAACGUGGACCAUCUGAGCCCAUCAGAACUCAUCAUGAUGGACACGAAGAUCUUCAACAUCGGCGGCAAGAAGCUGCGGGUGUCGGUCAUGGAGACCACGAAGGCGGCGGGACCGCUGGCCAAGAAGGCUGAGUUGGUGAUUGCGAUGAAGAAGCUAAGUCAGGAGGAGAAGCUGGACGACGUGCUGUUCUUCGUAGUUGACAUACUGAAGGAGGCUGCGACGUUUAUCUCUUCCUCUCCUACGGCCACCAAACUGGUGGA